AAUUUUACAAUAUUGGCCCGGCGCUACUGACGAAAACCUGGCCCAACCAGACCCUCCUCAGACAGAGUUCGACUUUGGACCUAGUGAAAACUCUGUCUGAAUGGUGGUGUUCGUGAUCAAACUUUUCCAUCAGUAUUUUCAUUUUUAAGUUUUAUUAUUAGUUUUAUUUUAUUUAAUAUUGUUAAUUUCUUAUAUUUUUAUUUAUUAAAAAAAUAUACAAAACCUUGAAACGGUCCAGGGGUUGUAAUAUCUUACAAAAGAUUAAAAGAUAACUGGAAGAAGUAAUCCUGCAUUGAAAAAUAAUGUGCAACGUCUAGUGGAAUUAUAAAAAAAUAUAGUAAAUAAUAAUCUAGCGGAAAUUAGUGAAAAGUGUUAAUUCAUCUGAGGUUAGUGCACAGAUAAACUAUUUGGAUUAUAUCACGGAAUCCAUACCAACUGCAUUUACAGAAAUCUCAACAACAAAUUCUAAUCACCACACAACCAAACGUCAUGAUGUCCUUGUAAAUGAGCAAUUUGGACGGAUUAAAACGGCCAGCCCACAUCAAAUCACCACUGGCUGUUGAAAAAUUACUCCAACCCAGUUGGAGUCAGGACAUCGAAAGGUGGUUUGGAUUACACCCGAACGAACGACUCCCGUCCAAAGCAAUCUGAAAGACUCAACACUCCGGAACGAACCAGCAACCCCAUCAUAACUUCACCAUCAAAUUCACCACCCCCCGGUGUGCAUCCAAAUAAGUAACCGAGAAAAAUGCGAGGAUUAGGGGCGAUAAAGGAGCGAGCAGCAGGCGUCUUUGGCGGAUUGAAGCCAACGUACGAGAACUUCGAAGUCUCCAAACAUGGCUACGAACAGAUGGAUGGAGGCGAAGUGGGAGACCAUGGAGGUGGAUAUGGUCAAGAAGGGAUGGCCGAGUCACCUGGAUCAUUUGAAGAAAUCGAACGUCCCCCAUUGCGUCAUAUAGAUAAGUAUUGUCGUGCGGAAUGUCCAUGCUUGCCCGCUCGAUUCACAAUAGCUGUGAUGGCCUGCAUUGGCUUUAUGAUAUCCUUUGGAAUGCGAUGCAAUAUGUCAGCGGCAAAAUUAAAAUUGGAACAUAAUGGGACUGCUUUUCUAAAUUGGACGGUGGCCACGGAAAGCCAUGUGGAUUCCUCAUUCUUCUGGGGCUACUUGGUGACGCAGAUUCCAGGCGGCUUUGUUGCAUCUAAAUUUCCAGCUAAUAGGGUUUUUGGUGUCGCCAUCGUGUCGUCGGCAUCGCUACAUCUAUUGGUUCCGGCUGCUAUGAAUAUGCUGCGAGGAAAAGUGGUGAUAGGAGUUCGAGUGCUACAAGGUCUAUUUGAGGGCGUAACGUAUCCUGCCUGCCACGGAAUAUGGAGAUUCUGGGCUCCACCUCUUGAGCGUUCCCGACUAGCAACGUUGGCAUUCAGCGGAUCAUAUGCUGGUGUUGUAUUUGGACUUCCUCUGUCAGGAAUUUUAGCCGACGCUAUUGGAUAUCAAGCUCCCUUUUAUGCGUAUGGUAUUUUUGGAAUAACUUGGUACUGUUUCUGGCUGUGGCUCUGUUUUGAAAAUCCACGAAAACAUCCAACAAUCAGCAUACAAGAGUUGAAGUACAUUGAAAAGUCCUUGGGAGAAAGUUCGCAGCAAACUACAAUGCCAUCAAUAGCCACUACUCCUUGGAAGCAAAUGAUGACAUCCAUGCCUGUCUACGCCAUCAUAGUUGCGAAUUUCUGUCGUUCGUGGAACUUUUAUCUCCUUGUUUUGUAUCAGAGCUCCUUCUUGAAACACAAGUUCGGUUUCCAGAUUGAAGAGGCUGGACUGAUUGGAUCCCUUCCGCAUCUUUUGAUGACUACUAUUGUGCCUUUUGGUGGUAUGUUGGCGGAUCAUUUACGUAAAAAUGGAAUUAUGUCAACGACCAUGGUGAGAAAAGUGUUCAAUUGUGGCGGCUUCGGAAUGGAAGGACUUUUCUUUUUGGUCGUUGCACACUCCUCGACUUCGAAAGGAGCUCUGUGCGCCCUGACGGCCGGAGUUGCGUUUAGUGGUUUCGCUAUAUCGGGAUACAACGUUAAUCAUCUAGAUAUCGCCCCUAGGUACGCCAGUAUCCUGAUGGGUCUUUCGAACGGAAUUGGAACGUUAGCAGGAGUUAUAGUUCCUUAUGCAAUUGAUAGGCUUAUAAAGGAUGAUCCGACUGGAUGUUGGACGACCGUUUUCACAAUAGCCGCCUCUGUCCAUUUAGUAGGCAUCUCAUUUUAUGGAAUCUUUGCAUCGGGUGAAUUACAACCAUGGGCUGAACCAGUGGUUGAAGAACAGAAAGUAUGGAGUCCAACUACCGCAGGAUAUUUGAAAGAAACAGAAUUUAAUGAAACAGAAAACACACAAAUGCAGCAAAAUAGUACAAUUAAUUAUGGCGCAACAGGACAUGUUCCUAACAAUCCUUUCGCCUUUCCCAAUGCAAUUGCCGAAGAGCCAGUGCAGCCUGAAGCAACUGACUCAUAUAUGCAUGGAACACCUGAGGAUAGAAACUAUUAAAAUUAUAAAAAAAGAAAAAUAGUAAAUUUCAUUGAUUAAUCCAUUUUAUUAUUAAUUCAUUGAUUUCCAGUAAUAUCCAUUGAAACCCCAAUUGUUUUACUCGAAAUUACUAAAAAGAUUUUUAAUUGCAACAAAAGUAAAGUUGAUCAUCGAAUUGCCAUAGACAGCAUACGUACAUAUAUACAUACAUUCUAGAGAUAAUUUUGUAAAUAAAAUCUGCUUCAGAUUUGUAUAAUACAUACGUGAAUGAAAUUGACUAGUCUGUCAUAUACCCCCCCCUUAAACUGUGAAUUUAAAUAAGGGAUAUAUGGCAUUAAGAUAACGAUUGCGUUGUAUUAUAGAUUUGAAAAAAAUUGAACUGAUGCUAAAUUAAUUGAAUUGAUAAUGAUAGUAAUCAAAGUAAAUCCAUUAAGUAAUUAAAUUUAAAUAAAUAGGCAUUAAAGAACGAACGAAAUUGCCCUGCUUAAGCAAUUAUUAAUUAGAUAGAUAAGAUUAUAUUUGAAAGAUGAAACUCUCGAAUAGGAGCUGAAAUAUAGAAGAUACUAAAUCAGAUGUGAGUCUGUAAGUCGCUAUUGCAAGUUCCGUGCCGACGGAGAUAAGGAGAUACAGAGUUUAGAAUUCAAUUUGAAAUAUUUGCAUAAUUUUUCCCCAAAAUUAUUAUUGACUUUAAUCGAAAACUAGAUGUCUGUAUUAACAAAUUGGAAAUAUUUAAUAAUGAAAAUUGCAUUUGUUAAUUGUGCACGUUUUUUAUUAACGUAAAUAAUGGUAAUAUUGGAGGAAUAGUGCUAUGUAUAGUUGUUAGAUACAUAAAUAAUUAAAUGUGAUUUCAACUACUAAUAAUGUGUAUAAAAUUAGCGUAAUUUACUUCAAGUUCUCAAUGUUUCUGUUCUACAUCGACGAACGCUACUUACAUACAAUCUUAUCGUAUCGUAUCUUAUUGUUUCAAUUUCUUAAAAAUGCACAACUGAAGAGUCAAUUUUAAUAAAAGCAAAAUAAACAAAUUGUACAGGAAAACUAAACGAAAUAAUUAGCAUCUGUAAAUUUACUAAUAUUAGUCACUAUAGCGAUUGUUAAUCGGACAAUUAAAAUAAUAAUUAUUAUUUAUGAAUUUAGCAAAUUAUUUAGCAAUAUUCAAUCUACAAUAAGUUGAUGCUAAGAAACCUCGGAUUUGUUGAAUUUCAAAACCCAAUUGCUUAUUGUUAUUUGCAUUUACUGCAAACAUUAAUACUUUAGUAUCAAAGUAUCUUAGUUUCAUUUAUAGUUAUCUUUCAGCUAAUCAUUGUUUUGGGAAACAUAAUUGAAUAAGUCUAUUAAAUAUAGUUGCGUAUGCAUGCAUGAUAAUAUUAUAAUUACAAAACUUAAUUUGAGAGAAUAUUUGUUCACUCUCAAAGGCUGUGUUGACAAUAACAUUUUAGUAUAAUUAAGGACAAAUUACAAUACUUAGAUUAAUAAUAUUAACGAUGUGUAAUAAAUAAGUAAAAUAUUCAGAGAAUAUAUGGAUAAAGAGGUUAUAUGUGGAAAAUUGAAGAUUAUAACUAGAUUUAAGUAAAAAAUAACAAUUCACUCAUAUAAUAAUCACAAUCAGAAUAUUAUUUGCAAGCAUAUCAUUCAACAAUGUGUUGGUGCAUUGUUGAAGUCAUUUCUUCAUUCAAAACGCUUAUUUGUUCCAGAACGUUUAACGUUGCAUUCUUUGUUAACUUUAAGUCCUAAAACUAUAAUUAAUCAAUCAUACAGAGUUUUAGCAAAGACGCAUUAUUCUCCGUUGAGUUACAUUGCGAAUAAUUCUUAUAAAACUAAGUUUGAUAAUUGGUCCCAGUUUCCUACUUAAAAAGUGCUAAUUUACUUUCAUUGCCGCAUGUAGGCUUCUAAUGAAAUAUAUUGAAAUAUAUUACAAAUGUUCCUCAAACUAUAAAAAUAAAAUUUAUUCUCCUUUUGAAGAUAUAAAUUCUUAUUUGUUCAAUCUUAAGAUACAAUUUGGAAAAAGCUUACUCAUAUUUGGAAUAUUUGUUCAAAUGAAUUGUUUAUGAAUUUCUCUCCAAAAAAUGUGGACUACAAUUUCGUCCAGGAAACAAUCGACAUGCAAACAGAGAAAUAUCUUCAAAAUCAUAUAUUCAUUUAUCAAGUACCAAUUGGAACUAAAAAGAUAUAAAAACAGAAAAAUGAUUAUUUAAAUCGAUGAUAAAGUAUUAUAAUAUUUUUUUUUUUCAAAUAGUACUGAGAAUGACUAUACCAUAAAUUAGGAUAGCCCUUCGGAAAAGGUGCAUUGACAUCUGCGCUCUGCAAGAAACCCGAUGGUCUGGUUCCAAAAGCUGCGACAUUGAACGCGAACGCGGUAAAAAUGGC